UCAUGUGAUUCAACAAAAUGUGUCAAAUUCUGAUUAUCGUCUUAGCAUUAGAUGAAAUUCAAUUUUUGGUUGCAUGGCAUAAUCUUGCAAUGACAUUGAGUACUUUAAUAAGCUGAACGAACAUGCAAUACAUUGAUGGAUGCCGCUAUAGCUGAGGAGCUAUACGUUAUCUGUCUCUGUUAGCAAGUGAAGAAAGUCAUUCAGUGAUUCGGAUAGCAACAAAGUAGACGUGUUUUGAAAUUAUAAUUUCUAAAACGGUAUAUAAAGAAACUCAUAUCAGAUAACAGGUAAUCCCCGUAAUGCAUCGAAUCGAAACAUUGCAUAUCGGUCUAAUCAUUUUCGGGAUUAUAACAUCUGGAAUCGCAUUUGACGAAAAUGACUCAUGCCUGGAUCCUUCUGGACUUCCCGGCCGAUGCAUCAAUGUUCGCGAUUGUGAACCGCUAAUGAAGAUUUACGAAAAAGCUAUCGUUACGCACGACGAGAGUCAAUUCAUUGAGCAAAGCCGAUGUGGAGUAUCUGCUGAGAAGAAAGCUUUGGUUUGUUGUGCGAGUACCGUCCCAAAGUACACCCUCCCAAAGCCCCCAAACUGCGGAGCAGAUAUGAGCAAUCGUAUCUUCGGAGAGCAGAAAACGGCCUUGGAUGAGUUUCCCUGGAUCGCUUUGAUCAACUAUCGUCACCCGAAUGGCAGCACCAGUUUCCACUGCGGAGCUUCUUUGAUCAACUCUCGCUACCUGGUAACGGCUGCCCAUUGCGUAGAGGAUCGUCGGAACUCGUCAAAACCGUUUAGCGUUCGCUUGGGCGAGUGGGACAUUGACCAGGAGAUCGAUUGCGACGAAGAUGAAGAAGAUGUAUGCGCAGAUGCACCACUCGAUGUGGACAUCGAGAAGAUCAUCAUGCACGAAGACUACGAUCCGGAGGACACUUCGUCGCAUAACGACAUUGCCUUGAUUCGGUUGACUCGAGACGUUCACAUGUCGGCUUUUGUCUCUCCGAUAUGUUUGCCAAUCGAUGAAAUACCGCGUUCUCGGAACGUCGUGGGCUCUAAAGCGUAUGCAGCAGGAUGGGGUCGUACGGAGUCCGGUCGGUCCAGCAAUGUCAAGCUUAAGGUUCAACUGGAAGUGAGGGACCGUAAGAGCUGCGCCAAUGUGUAUCGUUCGGCGGGAAUUGUUCUGAGGGACACACAACUAUGCGCCGGAGGUACUCGCGGGCAGGAUACCUGCAGUGGUGACUCAGGAGGUCCUUUGACGAAGUUAGAGCAGACGGCGAACUUCCUGUACGGUAUUGUUAGCUUCGGCUCCAACCAGUGCGGAAUCAAAGGAGUCCCGGGUAUAUACACUGCGGUGGCAAAAUAUGUUGACUGGAUUGAGCGAAAUUUGGAGUGAAUUGUUUUCAAUUUCUAAAACAGAUGUAUUGUGCUUUUACGUUAUGGAUGGGGAGUUCGCGUGAAGAAUUUUACGUAAAUUGAAUUUUUUUAGGUAAAUUGAUUCAAGCCCGAGAAAUUAAUUUCGUUUCUUAAAUAUAUAAUAAAAAGACGGCAAACAAGACUUGAUUGACAAAUCACGUGUAAAGCUAUGUCAGAUGUAUGCAAA